AUGGAUCCGCAACACACCGGUGAUCUGUUAACGCACUUGGAGAAGCAGAACGAAUUACUCAAAGAAACGCAGAAGACCAUGACACAAGAACUCCAAAAACUCGAGGUGGAAGAACAGAUGAUGAUGCAUAAACUCUAUGAGCUAAUGACUAAUCACCGUUUAAACAAGAAGAAAAUGGAUGAAACUCAAAAUGUGUUGGAAGGAAACGAAACAUGUGAAGCUUCUUCUGAUAAGCAUGAAACUCUACCUCCUCCAGUAAUCUACACCUAUCACAGAAGGAAGAAGAAGAAUGGUGAUGCAUAA